GGAAAGAUGUAGUGCGCAGACUCGGCUCACACAGAGGAACAGACGGGUUCCCGUUGUUCAAAGGAUUUUAUUCUCCAGAAAAAGCUCUUAGGAGCUCUUCAUCCACAGUAAAGCUGUAUAAGCUCCGGGUCGACGGGACUGAAGGAAGUGGCGUGUCUUACGGGGAGCUGCCUGCUGAAAUUGUCAUGAGUUACAAACCUAUCGCUCCUGCGCCAUCUGGCUCCAACCACACCCCCCCAGGCUCUUCUGUGCCAUCUCCAUCUUUACCAUCAUCCUCUAGUUUUAGACCAGCAUUUAGUGACUUUGGUCCACCAUCGAUGGGAUUUGUUCAGCCCGUAAAAGUAUCUCAAGGGUCAACAUACAGUGAACUUUUGUCUGUAAUCGAGGAGAUGAGUCGUGAAAUCAGGCCUACAUAUGCUGGGAGCAAAAGUGCUAUGGAAAGACUAAAAAGAGGCAUCAUUCAUGCCCGUGCUCUUGUGAGGGAGUGUAUUGCAGAGACUGAGAGAAGUGCACGCACGUAACCUUUAAGGAUUCCCAUCACCUUCCCCAUGUAAUUCUGCAUCAAAAUGCCACUUCAGUUUUUACAAAUUUUUACUUCAAUUUUUCCUUUGUCGGUAUUUUAUUUUAUUAGUAUAAUUGAAACUGUUGAUUGCAUGCCAAUUCACCUGUGUUGCAUUUUCAGGCUUUAGCAAAAACAAAAAUACACAAUGAAGUGCACACUUAAUCAUUAAGGGCACAUCCAGUGCGUAUUUAUGAUGAUUGCAAGUUUUUGUUUUUUUUUUUACCUUUAAUAGAUGUAAUGCUAUCAUUGUGAUGUCCUAUGCAUUCUCAUGUGCACAUUGUGAAAUAUUCUUGCUUUGUUUUUGCAUUUUAUGUGCCCCUUUUUUUUGAGAAAUUUGUAAUACUGUCAAUUCUGUACAUCAAAUAAUUUUGCAAGUAUACAAAUUUUGUAAUCAAGAUUUUUGCAGUUCAGUAUGGAGUUUAAUAAAAUAAAAGAA